UCCCCGGCACUGCUCACCUCCUCGCCACCUCCGAGGAGCUCCGAUUCAGCCCCGGUCGCGGACCGGACCAGAUCCACCUCGCCUUCACCGACAAUGAUGACGAAAUGAGGGUGAUGUUUGUGACGGAGGACGGAUCGGAGAGGUUCGUGAGGUAUGGAGAGACGAAGGAGCAGCUCGAUCAGGUGGCGGCGGCACGUGUGGGGAGGUACGAGAGGGAGCACUUGUGCGAUUCCCCUGCGAAUGAUUCCAUUGGUUGGAGGGAUCCUGGUUUCAUUCAUGAUGCAGUUAUGAAGAAUUUGCCCAAAGGAGCUAGGGUUUAUUAUCAGGUUGGAAGUGACUCUAAAGGUUGGAGUGAUACUAAAAGCUUUGUGUCGCGUAACGAGGACUCGGAUGAAACGCUUGCGUUUCUUUUUGGUGACAUGGGAGCUGCAACGCCGUACACGACGUUUGUGCGAACUCAGGACGAAAGCAUAUCUACUGUUAGGUGGAUACUCCGUGACAUCGAAGCUCUUGGCGACAAACCUGCAUUUGUGUCUCACAUAGGAGAUAUCAGCUAUGCAAGGGGUCACGCUUGGUUGUGGGAUGUUUUCUUCAAUCAGAUUGAACCUGUGGCAUCUAAGGUUGCAUACCAUGUAUGUAUCGGUAAUCACGAAUAUGACUGGCCCCUUCAACCGUGGAAACCCGAUUGGGCGAGCGGGAUAUAUGGGAAAGACGGGGGAGGGGAAUGUGGGGUGCCAUAUAGUCUAAGGUUUAACAUGCCUGGGAACUCUUCUGAACGGACUGGAACCAACAGCCUGCCUACUCGAAAUCUUUUCUACUCAUUUAACAUGGGAUCAGUGCAUUUUGUAUACAUAUCAACUGAAACCAAUUUCCUAAAAGGAAGUAAGCAAUAUGAAUUCUUAAAGCGUGAUUUGGAGUCCGUUGAUCGGAAGAAGACACCUUUUGUUAUAGUGCAAGGGCACAGACCGAUGUACACGACGAGCAACGAGCUUAGAGAUGCUCCAUUGAGGGAGAAACUGCUGCAGCAUCUGGAACCAUUGUUAGUAGAAAACAAGGUGACGAUGGCAUUAUGGGGCCAUGUCCACAGAUAUGAGAGAUUUUGCCCUCUUAAAAACUACACUUGUGGAAGUAUGGGGGAAAGCUUUGAGGCAUUUCCCGUCCAUCUCGUCAUUGGGAUGGCUGGACAAGACUGGCAGCCCAUCUGGGAGCCGAGACUGAACCACCCAGAUGUCCCGGUCUUCCCACAACCAACGCGGUCAAUGUACCGUGGGGGCGAGUUCGGGUACACCAGAUUGGUUGCUACAAAAGAGAAGCUUACGCUCUCUUAUGUUGGAAACCACGACGGGGAGAUACACGACUCUGUGGAGAUUUUGGCAUCGGGACAGGUUCUGAAUGGCAUUGAAAAUGCGAGGGCGAGAAACGAGACGGUAGAAUCAUCGGUGUCGUGGUAUGUGAUGGGAGGAAGUAUUUUGGUUCUUGGGGUGUUCAUUGGAUACAUUGUUGGAUUCGUUUCACAUGCGAGGAAGAAUUCAAUGUCAAGAAAUAGCUGGAGUCCUGUGAAGACUGAAGAAUUGCAAUGAAUCAAGAGAAAGGGGAAGGGGAGUUGGUUUUGUUUGUAUAGAUAUUGAAAUUUUGUGAUAUAGUACUGAGCAAAAAACCAGUUUGUGAAGUGUGGAAUAUUGGUUUCUUUUCUUUUGUAUCAUAACAUAAUUAAUUAACGCAAUAUUUCGUCCAA